AUGGCAGACCGCUUGUCAGCAGUAGCCCCCUUGUCUCCACUACAAAUCGACAUAAAACCCCUGCUUUCCCCCAAACGAGAACCCCCCUCGAGAGCAACCUGCGAUAUUUGCAACAAAACAAUAAGUCGAGCCCGCGACCUCAAACGUCACAAAACCAGUUGCCAUCCUCCUGACCCAAAAGAACUCGACCAAGUGGUCGAUUUGGCCGCCAAAAAGUGCACUGUCUGUGAUAUCAAAUUCGAAAAUCGCCUCAAACUCAAAAACCACGUUCUUGAGGAACACCAAAUAAAACCGAAACGUUACCGAAGGACAAAAAAGGAAAUCGUACCGCAAUUCUUUUGCGAUGUUUGCGAAAAAGGCUUCACGCGCAAACACGACAUGGAGAAGCAUCGCGGAGGAAAACAUAUUGAGUAUAAGGCAGAGGCGAAGGAGGAGAAAGUGAGGAAAAACAAUUUGGCGGUGUUGCAAAAGUGCAGAAAUCGGGGCUCUGACGGGAAGCUGUUCUACAAGUGUGAUUUCUGCCAAAGGAUUUUUCGCCAGUCUUACAAUUUGAUGCGCCACAGGAUGAUACAUACGGGAGUGCGGACAUAUUUCUGCCACUUGUGCGGGAAAAGCUUCAGAGUGUCCAACGGCCUAAAACGGCACAUUGAGGGUUUCCACCAUGGGGUGAAGAACUUCAGUUGUGAGGUGUGUAAAAAGACUUUUGCGGCGAGGGCCACACGCGACGAGCACAUGAACAUACAUACGAACAAUAGGCCUUUCGUGUGCGAUGUUUGUGGCAAGUGUUUUAAGCAGAAAGCGUCACUUUAUGUGCACAAAACGUUCCAUUCGGAAACGUUUAGGUUUGAGUGCUGUCAUUGCGGGAAGAAAUUCAGGAGGAAUCGGGACCUAAAGGUGCAUACUUGGUUGCAUACGGGGCACAGGCCGCAUUCGUGUCACAAGUGUGAGGCGGCGUUCAGAUUGAGGCACGAUUUGACAAGGCAUUUGAGGAUUCAUGAGAAGUUGAACGAAUGUGUGUGUAAUGAGUGUGGGUCUGUGUUUACACAAGAGAGGUACCUCAAAGUGCAUAAAAAGAUACACAAGGGCAUGGGGACGGUCCUCAAAGUGGAGAGUGUUCACAUCAAAGACGAAUUUAUUUGUGGAAUAAAAUCGACAACAUAA